AGAGUCGGCGACCCUGCCCUCAAGCCUCAACGCCAUCGCCAUGCCAGCACGUCGCCCCCCGCUGCCGCUCGGUUACAAUGCGGAUUUCAUCCGGCGCUUCACGUGGCGAGAGCCGCGACGCGGGCAGCGAGACGGCCAGCGGCCCUGACAGCCGAGCAGCGUGUAGCUCUCCGCAAGCAGCUCGAGGACACUCGGUUUCUUAAGCCCGACUAUGCCAACAAGACCAGGUCAAUAUUGCCGGUAUACUACGAAAAUGGAAGAGAGAUACUGCGAAUCCGCCAAGUUAGAGGGAACCUGGCGAGACGUAGUCCAGAACGCAAACCGAGCGAUGGCAAUGGAUUUCCUCGAAUAUUUGUGUCAAACUUGCCGAAUUAAAUCAUGGGGCUCGUCGUGGGAGUAUUUCCGCCAGUACAAGCAGCUGUACGCUAGUGCCACGGGUGGCUACAUAGACAGGAACGAUAGUCGAGAAGUUCAGAAGUGGCACGACGCCGUCUUGGUCGACAGGUACGGCCUACAAGCGCCAUGCAUCCGUGGAAAGGACGUCGCGAACGCGGACACUUUGCUGGUCCUCUUGACCUUUAAUAUCAAGUUCGAUACAGGCAUCUUCUCUUGCGAGGGGCACCGGGCCCAGCUGCCGGGGUGCUACCUCGGCCUUGCCUUCACGGGGGCAAGACUGGCCAUAAUGUACGAACCUGUGUUAGUUUGGGAGUGUCACGGUCGCCACAGGGCUCAUGUGACAGGAUUGAUUCUAUUGGCUGCAUUGUGCUUAGGGUGUGGCCUGUGCGCACUGAGCACCACUACCUAUUUCUCCGCGCCCUGCGCGGACCCCGCGAUAGAUUCCUUUCUCUUCCUUAGCUUUAAAUCCACAUUCGUUGCUGCCUUCAACCAUUCACAUCCCUACUGCGUAAGGCGGGCCGUCACAGGGAGACCUUUGAAGAUGAGGAUUUUGAGUAGUUUUAAUUGAUUGAGCGUGGUGGUUUUGUGAUGGCCGUUACAAAAAGUAAUGGCGGUGGA